UAGCUUCCCGCCCGAGCAUUCUCAUUCUUACCCGCCCUGUCCGCUCCCCUCGUUACCGCCCUGGGUUCAGGAUAAUUACCUGGCAAUAUAUUUUCGCACCAAGUGAUAGACGACUGUCAAGGAUGCUGGCCAGUGGUUGCAACUGUUGUGGUUUUGGCUUCUAGCCGCCUCUCAAUAUGUCGCGCUCAUCGGCAGGCUUUGCAGACUUCUUUCCAACAGCACCGUCAGUUCUCCAGCAGAGGCGCAAAACGAACCGGGAACUGCCUCGUGCUACAGCCCAUAGUGAACGAGAGCAUGGUGAUGAAGGCACUAUACCUUCAUCGGAGUCCACGGCAAUCCAUGAUUCGACGAUUGUCGGUCCAUGCGCGAAAUUGACGCCAAGGCUUUGUGAAGAGGAACAGAAGGCAUCGUCUGAUGUCAAAGGUGAUGGAUCCAUGAUCUCUACCAGCAUGAGUGCUACUGCUCUCCGCUCAUCUGCCUGUCAUCCAAACGCGGCAUAUGGCAGUGAAACACGGCUUGAUACGCUUACACCACUCACUAAUGCAGAGUCCUCCCCCCCUCAAAGGCCUAGUCCAUUCCGCACCAAGAUGACAGACGGGAUGGAAGACAGCUCGAUCAUCUCCAAGAGCGAAGAGUUAAAGCCUGUUACACCUGCUUUACAAACCCCACAGACCCCGCGAUCACAGAGUCGUAUGGCUAAAAGUAUCAAGGGCUGGAGAUUGGUUUACGACCCUGAUACCGAGAAAAGAACCUCCAAAGAAAAGCGAAGAAAAGCGCGCUACGUGGAAAUUGUGACAAGUGGAGAAGAUGAUCGACCGUCUGACCCCCGUACAAAGAUCUCGAACUAUUCCCGUGGCGCCGGUUGCAAGCAGAAGACAAAAUAUCGGCCAGCUCCCUACUCAUUGAAACACUGGGCGUACGAUGCUUCUACGACAAUUGGGCCUGGACCUCCAGUACAGAUCGUGCUUACUGGCUUCGAUCCCUUGACACCAAUUGCUCCAAUUAACGCAUUGUUCUCGAGCUUUGGGGACAUCGCCGAAAUAAAUAACCGCACAGAUCCCAUAACGGGCAGGUUUCUCGGAGUAUGCUCUGUUAAGUACAAGGAUAGUGCAUCAUUCAGAGGAGGGGGGCCUGUUCUAGCGCCGAACGCGGCCAGGAGAGCCUACUAUGAAUGCAAGAAAGAGCAGCGCAUUGGAACGCGCAGGGUCAGGGUUGAAUUAGACCGUGAUGGUGCCGUCUCAGAAAAAAUAGUCACAAGGGCAAUUGACUCGCAGAGAAUGGGAUACAAGCACAACCUCCUAACUACAGAAGAACCCAAAGCGGAUCACCAGGCAAAGAACAAUGAACCCCCUCCAACAGCGCCCAGAGGUCCUUCAGGGCGAUCCUCGUUGCGUCCGUCUAUCACGAUACCUGAAGGGCCUAGGGCAAGUUUCCUGAAACCCGUGGUGCCGUCGUUGGUUGAAGAGAUUCCCAUAUUGUGCCAGAUCAAGCGUGACCCGUAUAUCUUCAUCGCCCACUGCUAUGUACCAGUUCUGAGUACCACCGUUCCACACCUAAAAAAGAGGCUGAAACUAUUUGAUUGGAAAGAUAUCCGUUGCGAUAAAACGGGGUAUUUCAUCGUUUUUGAAAAUUCGAGGCGCGGUGAAGAGGAAACUGAACGUUGCUACAAGAUGUGUCACAUGAAACCUCUAUUCACAUAUAUCAUGAAUAUGGAGAGCCAGCCCUAUGGGAAUCCCAAUUAUGAGCGCUCUCCGAGCCCUCAGCGACUACAGGCUGAACAGCGAGAGCGAACUGAAAGGGAACGGUUGAAAAAAGAAGCAGAAUUGGAUGUUGAGGAGGAGAAAAGGCAGCGUGCACUUGAUCUUGACCCCUGCAAGGAGGUGGUAGCAAUAAUCAUCCGCGACUUGAGAGAUAAGCUCUUGGAGGAUGUGAAGUCUCGCAUUGCUGCACCGGCCUUGUACGACUAUCUCGAUCCCGAUCGCCAUGCGGCGAAAAGGAAAAUACUAGGUAUCCCGGAUCCCGAGGGAGCGAAACGACCUAUGUUCCGGAUUGAUGUCGAUAGCACAGCUGGCACACCGGAUUCUCGCUCCGACCUGUCAAACAACCGGCAUCCUUUGGUUUCUUCUAGCCUGAAUAUACUUGCACUCCCACGAAUCAGGAAGUCUCGUCGACUUGAUCGCACAGAUGCUGUUUUCUUGGACGAGAGGCGAAAGCAGCCCCUGCGACGAAAAGAGGUUAGGCCUCUUUACCACCGACUCCAACAACUACAUGAUGUGGAUGAUUCGGACGAAGAGCAGAGGACACCUUUUGCUCGAGACACUGAGGAAUUAGACAGUCGUGCACCAAGUCGAAUGAGCUCAGAGACCUCGGACUCUGAAGAUGGCACUGAUGAAUUUGUCUCUGAUAUGCUGGACGUGUCUGUCAGGGACGGUCAAUCAGGGGACACCCGAUCUCAUGAUCUAGUUCCACUGGGCGACCACAUUAUUUCUCGCACUUCGCCCAGCGAAGACCUGCAGCAAGUUAACAGGGAACUGACCCCUGAGUUACGCAAGAGGAAACGAGAUGAUGAGAAAGUCAAAGCACGGAAGAGACAGAAAGAAGAUGAUGCGCUGUUUGGCGUGGAAGAUGUAGAAGUAUCGCAAGGAAAUCAGGUCGGAAUACACUCGCCGUCUCGUCUUCAAGACAUUCGUGGUCAUAUUGCACCGGUGGAUGACCUUUCCUUGACCGACAAAGAUAUUUUAGUCUCGCAAUACGGCAAUUUGUCAGACAACCAAGAACAUGAAGCAGCUCUUAUACGCUCGCGGAGUCCUAAAGUGGAAAUUGAAGACAUCGGGAAUGACCGGUUCGGUCUGCUAUCCUCAGAUAAAGGUAUCGACAGUAACAAGCAGCGAGAAGAUGCGAGAACAGAAAUCGAGUGGCGAGUAUCAAAUGACGAGCCUCGUUCCACGGUGGAGGAUGAUGAGGCAAUUGUGCUAGAUCUUGAUGGCUGGCAAAAUCUAAUCAAGGACGAAGAGGAUCUGCGCUUCCUUCGCGACGUGCUGGAGGGAGUGGCGAGAUCUAACGUUGGGAACCUCCCAGCUUGGGCGUGGAGACAAAAAGAAAUCAAAGCACUUAAUCGCCCUGGAGAGACUGGACCAGUACGAGAAGAGACUACCAUUGACGGUUACUAUGUCUUGAAUACAACGGGCGCCGCUAGGACUGAAGGAAGGAAAAGGAUUCUCGAGUCAGAGAAAUCAAAAUACUUGCCGCACCGGAUCAAGGUCCAGAGGGCUCGUGAAGAGCGAGAGGCUAAAGCAAAAAGUGACCCGCACACUGUUGCUGCUGAGGCUGCGAGGAUUGCUGCUGCGAAAACAAUAUCCAAGUCCUCUUCCAGGUCGACAAGGGUCAACAAUCGGCGUCUCAUUGCCGAUAUCAACGCUCAAAAACAAGCUCUACCUACUCCGAGUGGCGAUGGAGAUGUUCUCCGGUUCAACCAGUUGAAGAAGCGAAAGAAGCCAGUUCGCUUUGCUCGCUCGGCUAUCCAUAAUUGGGGUCUUUAUGCAGAGGAGAAUAUAUCCGCGAAUGAUAUGAUCAUUGAAUACGUGGGCGAAAAGGUCAGGCAGCAAGUUGCAGACAUGAGAGAAAGACAGUACUUGAAGAGCGGAAUCGGCAGCAGUUACCUUUUCCGUAUCGACGAGAACACUGUUAUCGACGCCACAAAGCGAGGUGGGAUUGCGCGGUUUAUCAACCAUAGCUGUACCCCAAAUUGCACUGCCAAGAUAAUCAAAGUCGACGGUAGUAAGAGGAUCGUUAUAUAUGCUUUACGAGACAUUGAACGAGGCAAGCCAACCCGAUAUAUACAUUUCUGGGGGAAAUUACAGUGUGCUAACAAGUCAAUGAACAGACGAGGAGCUGACCUAUGACUAUAAGUUUGAAAGAGAGUGGGAUAGUGAUGAUAGGAUUCCUUGCCUUUGCGGCUCGACCGG